AUGAAUUAUUCAGGUUAGUAAGCUCGAUUGGAUUAGUCUAAUCAAAAAUUAAAUGGCAACAACAACCAGUCUAAUAUUCUCAAUAGUAGUGUAAAACAAAAGGAAUAGAAUUAGCAAAGUCAGUAAGUUAAUUAAGUAAAUAUUAGUAAGAAAAACAAAAAGAAUAAAAAGAGAAGUUCUUAAUAAGCAAGCAAUAGUGAUGAAUAUUCUAGGAAUGCUAAUAUUGAUCAUAUUUUAAGCGCUAUAGAGAACAACAAGAGAUGUAAUGAUUCAGAUUUCUACAAUUAAAGCAAUAACAAAAUAUCAUAAGAAUAUUUAAGUUUGGUAGAUUCUACAGAGCCUAACAACAAUACGGUAGAAUAUAUUCGUAGGAAACUUUCUGAUUAAAAUUAUUCAUUAAUUUCUCCUGAAAAUAAGACCUCUGCUACUAAUUUCCAUAAAAAAUCUAAUAGCAAUUAAGAAAGAUUAUCUUCCUCUGUGUCUUCUUACGGUACUAACAAAGAUAGUUAAUAUGAUGAUGGUUUUAUAACAAUAGGUAAGGCAGCUAAACCAAACAAUGGCUACAAUAACUAGUUACACUAUAACGAAUAAAAUAAGUAAAUAAGUAGUAAAUAGAAUUGCAGCUAUUCUAUUAAUGUAUUAAAUGACAGUAACAUAAAUUAGUAAAAUAAACACAACAAUAGCAAUAACUAAACUCAAAACAAAAAUCAUAAAAUGAAAUAACAUUCAAAUUAAAACUAGCAGCAGCAUGUCAGAAAGCAUGACUAAAUCUAAAUUGUGCAUUCUAACAGCUAUAAUAUUGAAAAUAGUGAUUCAAAGCAUAAUUAAAGCAACCACAAUAGGUUUUCUUCUUCAGGAGAUAUCAAAAACAAGUAAAAUCAAUCCUCGCCUUUAAAAGAAAUAAAAUAGCAUAGAAGUAGCUUGGUUGUGUAAUAAAAUCAAAAUAAUAAAUUCAAAAAUGAAAUAAACUCUUUAGAUUACGUACAAGAAGAGUAAAGGAUUAAUAAUUCGAGCAGUUAAGAAUUGGAUCACGAGAACGAAGAAAUUAACUAAUAAGAAGAUAAAGAGAGUUAUGAAUACUUUUCGAAUAUUGACCAUGAUGAAUCACAAUAGACAAGUAAAGAGGAUAACAAUCAUUUAAAAGUGAUGAGAAAAAAAACAAAUAGAAGCAAAAGCAUUCAUAAUAGUACAGAAUUAGGCUCAGUCAAUAAUAAUUCAUAAGAAAAAUUAGGUUGUUUAACUGCUAAAAAUGACAGCAAAACUACAAAAGAUGAUACAGAUUUUACUAGCAUUAACAAUCUUGAAAAUCAAAAUUAACUGCAAUUAACCAAUUAAUCAUCUUAAUAAAGCUAAAAUAAUUCUAAUGUCAUGAGUUAAUCAUGCUAAAAUCUUCCCAAUCCUCCAACUUUACAAAAAGAGAAAUCAAUUACAAAUGAAGAUAAAGAUAAAGAAAAAGAAGAAGGAAGCUUAGCAAUAUUUCGUUGCCCGAUAGCUUUAGAGAAGUACAACAUAAAACUGUGGAUUAUGUAUGUAGACAAUUUAAUUGAAGUUAUGUUUAAGUUGCCGAUUGAGUUGAUUAUUUUAAUUGCAGAGUACAUAAUCAAAGGCAAACAAAUUUAGAGAAAAGAUUUUCAUAUAUGGGUUCAUUUUAUUUUAAUUCUUAUCCCUGUUCUCAUAUUCACAGAUAACCUCUAUAUCAUAGAAAUGAAAGAAUACUUUGAUGUUUCUUAUUGGUAUCAUGCAUUCAGAGGUUAAUCUACUCUCAAACUUUACGGUGUUCUUAUGACAGCAGAUAUAGUUGAUAAGAUGUUGUGUACAUUCGGUGAGUACCUCAUAUUAGAUAUUAUUUGGUAGAAAUUACCUAAAUCUCCACUCCUCCACCUUAUAAAAUACAUAAUUCCUGCAAUUCUCUAUGUUUUUUUGCACUCACUUGUCCUUUUUCUGUCAAUAAUUGCUACAAAUGUUAUUUUAAAUAGUGAUAUUUCCUUCUUGUUUGUAAUGAUGUUUGUCCACCUUUCAAUGAAGCUUAAAUCAACUAUCUUUAAGAAAUUCACCAAAGAUGGCUAUGUCUAACAAACUCAUUCAGACUUAAGAUCUAGAUUUGCUAAAUUUUUGUACGUCUUCCUCAUAUGGGCAAGUAUGAGAGGUUUCCCUGAAGAUAUAGUAAGAAAGCUGGUUUAUUUUUUAGGUUUUGAAGUAAUUGUAGAGUGGAUUAAGCACAUAUUUUUGAUGCUCUUAAAUAAUCUAAAGCUCUCUAUUGUAGAAAGUAUGAGUAAAUCAUGCAAAGUUUUUGUAGCUCAAGUUCGUAUCAUCCCCUCCUUUUAAGCAUAAGAAAUACUAAAUAAUAAAACUUUACAAACAUUCAUGGAAAGAGAAAAUUAUCUUGCACAAACUCCAUAUGUGUCACCCAGUUUGAAAAUAGGAUUUCGAGUAAACUUUUUAGCAUUUCACCAUGCAGUAAUAAUAAUUAAAAUUCUAUACCCAAUAAUGCUUAACUAUUUCUCCUACAACAACUUCUGGAUAGCUAUAUUUUUCGUGCGUAUUUUCUAAAUUUUAAACGACUUGCUCAUUUACAAGUUCUCCUUUAAUAAUAAUGAAAUAAUUAAGCUCUACACUCUUAAAAAUCAGUCACUCCUCAAAACUAUUUUUAAUAAAAUUGAUUAUUUGAUUUUCACCCAUGGAAUCUAUUCCAUACUCAAAUUCUAUUAUAAUGAUUCUUUCAAAAACCCAAUAGAGCUUUUAAGUCCUCUAUUUUCAAAGUAAUGA